UUUAACCAAAAUGGCAGAAUUAGUAUCAACAGGUCUUCCUAGUAAUGAACAUGCCUUCAGGAACAUAAUCUAUCUUUCUCCAGGAAUAUUUAAUAUGUUUCAGACACAAUUAGGUGUCACUGGGACAAGCGACCAGAUAGAUGUAAAAAUUAAGAAUUAUAUCAUCAGAGCAGAACUCCUUGCAGAUGGAUCUGUGGAUGAUAUUCAUUUCGGUGUCAGCGGACCCUACAGAGAGAUGUUUGGUAUCUCCAAGAUGGACGCAGUCUUCACUGAGCCUAUUAGAGUUAAGAAGACCAAGUUACUCUCACACUGAGAUUGAGAAGUGGACAUUAUCCAGUUAGGUAGCAAGCUUAAAGGACAGACUUUUGAUAUGAAGGAAUCUGAGCUUGAGAAAAUUUUCAGAAAAGGUACAAAAGAUCUUAUUCUGAAUAAACACCAGAUAUUUCUCCUAAAAGCACCUGAUAUGAUCCUUAAAUGUACGGUGAAUAAAAUCCAGUUCGUCCAAAUCGGAGAGAAGGUGGUCAAAGGGGGAUACGGAUUUGUCGAAUCUGAAACUGAGUUCUCCUUCAAACCUAGCCUCACCACUAGCAAAGUCAUGAAAAUCAAAUCUGAUAAGCUCAAAGAGAAGGAAAUCUUUAAAAAGGACUUUAAUUUCCAAGAAAUGGGUAUUGGUGGACUUGACAAGGAAUUUGAAGAAAUCUUCAGAAGAGCAUUCAACUCUAGGAGGUACCCACAAGUCGUCUUGGAUAAGUAUGGCAUCAAACAUGUGAAAGGAAUGCUUCUCUAUGGACCACCAGGAACAGGUAAAACCCUGAUUGCACGAGAAAUAGCUAAAGCUCUUGACUGUGAAGAGCCAAAAAUUGUCAACGGGCCUGAAAUUUUCGAUAAAUACGUAGGUGGAAGUGAAGAGAAAAUGAGAGAAAUCUUUAAAGAAGCUGAGGAAGAUCAAGCCAAAAAUGCUGAUGAGUCUCAACUCCAUAUUAUCAUUUUUGAUGAAAUUGAUGCAGUUUGUCGUCCUAGGGGAUCUGUUUCAUCUGGAACAGGAGUACAUGAAUCGGUAGUCAACCAAUUUCUUGCUAAAUUAGAUGGAGUUGAUUCUCUUGAUAACAUCCUAGUCAUUGGUAUGACUAAUAGAAAAGAUAUGAUAGAUGAAGCUGUACUAAGGCCAGGAAGGCUUGAAAUUCAUAAAGAAAUUGGGCUUCCUGAUCACUUUGGAAGACUCCAAAUAUUCGAAAUCCACACAAGAAGCAUUAAGAAGAACCAACUCCUUGGAGAAGAUGUUGACUUUGAAUACCUAGCUGAAUUCACUAAGAACUACACUGGUGCCGAGAUAAUGUCUGUGUGCAGAAAUGCUAUCCAAUACACUCUCUUCAGAGAUAUUGAUGCGAAGAACAUCGGAAAACUUGAUUUGAAAAACAUUAUGAAUAGAAAAGUGUCGAUGGAAGACUUCAAAAUGUCUCUUGAGGAGAUCAAACCUCAAUUUGGAGUUGACCAAUCAGGAUUUGACAAUAGACUCUCUGGAGGAUUCAUUGAUUACGGUGCUGGAUUUAAUACUUUACAUGAAGAUUGCAAAGCUUUAGUAGAAAAUCUAAAGAACAGUGAAACCACUUCUUUAUUGUCUGUAUUACUUUCAGGAGAAAGAGGGGCAGGUAAAACUGCUUUUGCAGCCAAGAUCGCAAUGGAAUCUGGCUUCCCAUUUGUAAAAAUGAUAACUCCAGAAGACUUUGUUGGAUACUCUGAGGCAGGAAAGUUAGCUAAAAUCACAAAAAUAUUUGAUGAUGCUUAUAAGUCUCCUCUGUCAUUGAUUGUCUUAGACGAUAUUGAGAGGCUAAUAGAGUUUAUUCAUAUUGGUCCAAGAUUUUCCAACCAUAUUUUGCAAGCUUUGCUUGUCCUAGUCAAAAAGAAGCCUUCUAAUAAAGAUAGAAAACUAUUUAUCAUUGGAACUACAUCAAUCAAAUCAAUCUUAAGUGAACUAGACCUUGUUGAUGGAUUUAAUGUGAACAUAAAACUACCACUUUUGAAAGAGAAAGAGGAAAUCGUUGAAGUUCUAAACUCAAUCUCUGACGAUGAAGCAACCAAUCAAGACAUAGCUACAGCUUGACCAAACAUUCCAAUCAAAGAGCUGAUCCUUAUCGCAGAGAUGGCGAUCCAAAAAGGUGGAGGUGUGCUUUCAACUGAUAUCUUCCUUGAAUGAUAUGAGACUACCAGAUAAUUUUUACCAAUCAGAUUCAUUCCUA